ACUGUUGUCAACAAAAUUGAUGGGAUCAAGAGCGAGUAUCGGAAUUUUGAGUUGGAUCUUUUAGCAGGCGAAGAAGACUAUGUUACGGAAACCCUCGAAGGAGGUGUGAGAUAUCGACUCGAUUUCUCAAAGGUCUUUUGGAAUUCUCGCCUCAGCCACGAACAUGAACGUGUAGUGAAGUUGUUUGAUUCCCGCUCUUUAGUUUAUGACGCUUGCGCUGGAGUGGGUCCAUUUGUCUUGCCAGCAAUAAAGAAAGGGCGCGCUUUGCACGCGUUAGCGAACGAUCUCAAUCCGGAGAGUGUGCGAUGGUUGAAGGAAAAUGCAGUGUUGAACAAGGUUCCUUCUGCAAUGUUACAAGUCCACAACCUAGACGCCGUUGCUUUCAUUCGUGGUCCAUUUGCGGAAGACUUGAGUCAAGUAAGUCUUUUGGAAUUCUCGUCUCAGCCACGACAUGAAAGGGUAGUGAAGCUGUUUGAUUCCCGCUCUUUAGUUUACGACGCUUGCGCUGGAGCCAUCAGUGAUGCUCAAACAUCAGAAAACUCACCGUCAGGAGCGCAUGUGAUGCUGAAUCUUCCGGGUUACGCUGUCAAUUUUCUUCCCUCGUUUCGAGGAGUGUUGGCACAGCAUUUCUCUGCAGAUGCGUCAAGCACUUUUCCUGUGAAAGUGUAUUGCUACUUAUUUGCGAAGGCACACGAGGAUGUACAUGAUGACUGGUACAAGAAGCGAGCUCUAGAGAUGGUUAGGGAAUUCCUGAGCGAAGAUGAAGCCCAAGUGGAUUUGAUUCACCAUGUGCGUACAGUCUCUUCCCGCAAGGAGAUGUUUUGUGUCCAGAUGACAUUGUCUUGGAAUUUAUUGGUUCAUAGAGAAAUCGACAGUACUUUGAAGAGGUGUCACAUGGAGAAUGAGAACGACUCUGAUUCGAGUAAAAAGAGCAAACUUAAAUCUCUCAAAAAUAUGAAUGAUUGGAUCGGAUACAAGGCAAUAGUAGAGGAGCAUUUUCUCCUACCAAUGAUUCCAGCCGGACGCAGCAUUGGGCGGAGCGUUCUCUUAUGCAGUACUAAUCGUUUCAUUGGGGCCCUUUCAGUCCCAGGUACGCACGUGCGCACAAAAUAUAGCUUCUCUGCUUUCAAGAUUUAUAGUAUACGACGCCGAAUAGCAGAAUACUUCUCAAACAAUUUCCAUGAGCAACGCGUAAAGGAAAUAGGGCCAGAUCUUGCGUGUUUAGAAUGGUUGAUGGAAUGUGGAUCAACGGAGGUAAUCAUGAGCGAUGAUGAACGAAUAACAUCGAUUCGUAAAAUGAAAAAAUAUAUCAAGGACAAGCUGGAAGAAAAGAAGGUUUCUCAAGGAAAAAUAAAGUCGCCCUUCGUUGACUUGGAGUACGAGCUGAAAUGGAGCCAUAUUCCACCGGUGCACAUAGUGAAGGUCGAUGCAAGUGACUCGGCUAUUUCUGACGAGGGCUUUAAAUACUUCAGUGACCUGAAACGUCUCGAAGUGCUAAAAUUGAACUUCUGCGAUUAUUUUGGUGAUGACGCAAUCAGGGAGCUAGCGAUGGGAAGGCCAGCAAACAGUCUUCGUGAUAUUGAGAUCGUCCUAAAUCCUGCGGUGACGGAUGGAGCAGUAUAUUGGUUAAGUAGACUAAAAGCCUUGAGGCGUGCACAUUUUUAUUUCCUGCCGUAUGUCGCAAACAGACAGUCGUUUCUUCGCCAGCUGAAGCUGGCAUUACCCAGGUGUCAUGUCACUUUCCCGGAAGCUAUUCAAAUAGGCUACGGUUAUGAAGAAGAAAAGCAACCGAAAAAAUAG